GUCCAACCCCUCAGAAUCUGAAAAGCAUCACAGGAGCCUCUGGAUAAAGACCAGCCUCAGUAGCAAGGCUAGGAGACAGAGGAUUUCUGCUCAGUGAUAAAACAUGAAACAGAUGUGAAGAAGCAGUAUGGAACUCAAGAGAGGAAAGACCUUCAUAAAAUCCAGUGUGCAACAUGAGAAAGUGUCACCAGUGCAUGCAGUUCCUAUCAACAAAGAUGAUACAGGGAAAGACAAAAAAGUGGCUCUGGAGGAAAACCAAAGCGUACCUGAAGUCCAGCUGGCAUAUUUGGCCACGCACAAGAACUACAGAUUUCCUACCAGAGCAGCAAGGAAUGGAGCUGGUGACCACAGUCUGGAAAAAACAUCCGGAUCCUCCUACAAACUUGUAAGGAAGAGUAAAACCCAUGACUGUGUUGCUGAGGCAGACAAAACGGAGCACUGCAGCCCCAGCAGCAGGACUUGUGAGGAAGGUUUUUCUGGAAAGGGUAAGGGUCGACUUGUCAACAGCAUCAGUUUUUCAGGGAUGUCCAGCUCCAGCAGCAAGAAAGAGUGUGUGGUCAGUCCCAGCCAGUCUGCAUGCAGCAGUCAGAUGAUCGAUUACAGGAACUUUGUGCCACAGAUGCCUUUUGUACCAGCUGUUGCAAAAACCAUUCCCAGGAAGAGGAUCUCCCUCAAGAGAUCCAAGAAAGGGCUCAGAGAUAUAUUUCAUAUUAAAAAAAAUAAACCAGACAGCCUCACGUUCCUGGUUGAGAAGGACAAGAAUCUGUCCUCUCCAGGCUGCAAGAGUGAGUUUCCUGGGCGUCUUGCAAAGUAUCUUUUUAAGAGUGGAGAAACGUUUGCAGGUGACAGCUUGUCACAAGACUGCUCAGACAGUGAACUGCAGUCUGACUCUUCCUAUGACUGCUGCAACACCCUGUGUGAAGAUGUCGCCUCACUGAAGAGCUUUGACUCUCUCACUGGCUGUGGGGAAAUCUUUGCUGAUGAGAGCUCUGCUCACCUGGAGCUGGAGAACAGCAAAGAAGUUCUGCUGAGACGAAGCAAGCACAAAGACAGCCCCGUCAUGGGCUCUUUUCAAGGAGGUGUCGAGCAGCUGGCCUCUCCUGGCCAGAAUGAGACUGUUGAAUUUGCAAAGUUUUGGGACAACAUCAACAAAUCAGUGAUGCUACAUCAGAGUGCUCUGUUUGACAAGAAGUUACCGAAGAUACCUGGUCCUGACAUGGAAAAGGAUAGAAGCCCAGCUGCUGCAUCUGUGAAAGACCCCCAAGCGUCACCUGAUAAGGACGGUGACAAUUCCAAGGAGAGCUCCACAGAAACAGGAACACCGAAAAGUGACAACCAAGAAUCCACAUCCACAAGUGAUGAAGGCUACUAUGAUUCAUUCUCUCCUGGACAAGAUGAUGAAAUGAAAGAGGCUCAGACCCCUGGGGUCCCAGGUAGAUUUCCAAGAGACAGCUACAGCGGAGAUGCUCUUUAUGAGCUCUUCUAUGACCCAAACGAAGUCAAAAUAAACCCAGUCCUAGACGAUGACUUGUGCACAUCUGAAAGCAUUUCAGAACAAGCCAUUGAAAUCCCUCUGUCCAUUUACAGCUUUCGUGUUGGAGCUGAGGAGAACAUGGCUUCCCAACCAGCUCUAGACAUUAUCAGCCAGGGUUUCUUCCACAGCACAUGGAAAGGCAAAGAAUGUUUGCUAAAGCUUUGCGAUACUGAGCUUUCACUGACCAUGGGGAUAAUAAACUGGCUGCGAAAACACGCGGGACUGGUUUCUUCCCCUGACUCUCUUCAGAGUCCCCAGUCACAGCCAGAAAAGUCUAAUGAUUCAUCAGUCUUGCCCAGCCCUAGUCCAGAGCAGAAAGGGAGCAUGGAAUCUCAGCAGGAGAAACCAAGCAAGGAAGAAUCUAAUACAUUUAACCUAUGUGCAUCUUUGGAGAAAAGCAAACAUGCAACCCAGGCCUCUUCAGUAAAUGUUACCGAAAGAGACCACAGCCUUGACUCUUGCCAUAACACAUCUAACCUGGAUUUCCAGGAAAGGGAAGAGAGUCACCACAAGGAUUCAUCUACAGUGCCUGAGACUGUGGAAGCCAUCGCAGCAUCAAGUUAUGCAUCACAAUCACAGGCUAAUGGAGACAAUCUGCAGACAUCUUCAAAUGAAAAUGAGAAGGCAACAAUUUCAGAAGGAUGUGAGACAUCUGGAGAUAAAAACCCACUGCCAGAAAAGCUGAACAAGGAGAGUGGCUCUCAAUGCUCUGAAACCCCUUCGUUAGAUGAUAAUCACGAAGUAGAAUCAUGUUACUCCUAUAAGACUGCUGCGACCUCACUCCUGGAUCCCCUCGAGAGGGAGGACAGAAAUAAAUCAAUGUAUCACUCUCUCUCUAUUUCCUGUGACAAACCACUGCAGCCUCUUACUCUCAGACGCUUCCAGAGCUACAUCAGCCCCACACCAAUGGAGAGCAGCACUAACAUAGUGCAGCUCUUAGAGCACUGUGUAACACAAGUGGCAUCAUUAAAAAUCAGCUAUGAAAACAAGCACUUGGAAGACAAAUGCAUUGGGUAUGAAAUGAAUAAUGUAAUUCGUAAAAUGUCUCAGUACAAAAACAAGUUAUCGUUGCACAAUGAAUGCAACUGUAUUGCCCAAAAUCCAGAAUACUCCAGUAUUCCUAGCACAAACCAAUAUAACUAUGAGACAAGUUUCCAGUCCAGCAGUCUAUAUCAUUUGAAGCAAAAUGGGGAGCAAAUUUUCUCUGAAGAUGAGAAAAGAAAAGCAAAAAUCCUAGAGGAGGUCUCUAGAAGCAAGUUAAAUUUCAAAUAUGCCCAUCUAAAUAAUCAAGCGCUUUCCUAUUUAAAAGACUUCACAUUUGAUCUCAGUUCAAGUGACUCUGCCCCUGCUACAGCUCUUAGCAGACCAACAUUUUUACCUCUCUUUAACUCCGUCUGCUCAGACAUACCUGCUACUUUUUCACAAGCCGCAGACAGCACCACUGACUCCCUAGUUGACUCGCUGCAGCCUAAGGAGGCCAAGCAGUGCAGCUCAGGGCCAUGGAGUUAUGCAGAGAAGCCCUGCAGGGGUCUGGCUGGAGGGAGCGCCCUGUCCCCUCACCCAGAGGCAGGCAGCAACCCCGGACACAGCAGUGACAGGGAAGAACUACCAGUAACACACCGGCAUUGAGAAGGUGCAACGCUGAAGAAUCCAUUUGUAGAUAUGGAUGCUGCCCCCCCCCCCCCCACGUGUAAUAUAGCAUGACAUAGUUCCAUGACGUUAUAGCGGUAUCAGAAUCAACAAAGAUUUCUCUCUAGAGAAACCACCCGAGGUGUUGCAGCAGAAAACCAUGACUAAUAUAGUUAGGACUUCUUGACAACCACACGGCCCUGAAACCGUGUUUGCAGAUGAGUGGUAACUAAUACUCUUUUUUAAUAAAAAAAACCGCAAGACCCAAACUUCAGUAGGAUUUUGAACAGUCAUGCCAUGACAAGAAGGUUUAAGAAAAAAAGAUAAUAUAUUUCUGUCAAACUGUGCCACACAACAACUGGAAAUACCACUAUAUUUUUAAAACACAGGUAUGUGCAGAAUGAGCAUUGACUUGGGCAGUUGGUAUGAAGAGGUAAAAUUGUUUUCUGUUGUACUAAUUUUUUCUUGAAUUUUACAGAAAUGUUUUAUAUAUUCUAUGGCAACUGUUUAAUGACCUUAAAGUAACAAGGACUGCAGAUUAUAGUAGUAUGGCCAGAUUUACUACCUGAGGAAAGGCAUUUUGUAAACAUACAAAUAAAAAUAUCAUGAAGCAUAUUAUAGGAUGCCCUAUAUUGUCCAAAGACAUGUAUUUAUCAUGUAACAGAAAUGGCGAAUAGGAUAAAGAGGUAUACUUGAAAAUUGCCAUCAAAAAGAUAACACUUGAUUCCAUUCUAAAGGAGAGAAAGCGUGCUGCUUAUAUCCAUAAUGGCUGUACUUAACCUUAUACAAAGUCGUCUUUUUCCAGUUAAAAAACAAUCUCAAAGUACUAGGUAGGAUACAUUGCUAACCCAGUUUUCAUAUUUUUGUGGCAUCCUUGGAGUCAGUUUAACAGAACAAUCAUUAUUUUCAUACUCCUGUUUGAAUCUGGUCUUGGCUGUCUCAUACUGAGAAUAAAGUGAAAGACUCCCUGGAAAUAUUCCGCUCUCUCUAGUGACAAUAUAAGGCUCCUAGACAAAUACCUUAGAUUAGAUGCCUAAAUUUUGAUGUCUAAAGUAAAUAAUUUAUAAUGCCAAGAAUAUAUAACCACAGUAUUUAAUUGAUGACUGCAUUUUGCAGAAUUUGGAUUUUAAAAAAGCAUAAUGCAUUAAGACUAUAAUGCUAUAAGAUAAAAUCACGUCCCCUAGAUAAGGUAUGCACUUUCUCAGUAUUAGUCUAUGAUUACCAAGAUGAAAGGAGUUCUCUCUCCAGCACCUCAACACUGCCAAUAUAAGCUGACUUUCAGUCAACUUACCAUAAGUAUCUCCUGAUAAUAGAGAUUAUAGGUGCCCAAGACACUCUUCCAAUGGCACAAAACUACAUUUCAGAAGACUGCUAAGAACUUGCCAUUUAACCUGUGAAAGCCUGAAAUGCCAAGCAGUUCAUCAUACAGGCAUUCUUUCCUGAAAUACUAAAUGACACAGUAGAUUCGGGCUAAUCAAAUAAUAAUAAACAUUGGGCUUAACAUUCCAGCAACAGGCAGAGUCCAUACAGAAACUAGUUCCUCACACAAGUGAUCCCUUUCCUUUUGAAAUUACCACGCUACCUUCACUUACCAACACUCUCUUGUAACAGAGCGCACAGCACCUCAAGGGAGCAGUCAGAAUUUCUGAACCCUGUACCAUACUGCACAUCUCUUCCCUGGAUUUCAGGCUGAGUAACCAACACCAUGGAGGAAAAGAAAGGCAACAGGAGAAAAGUCACUUUGCUGCCACAUAGCAAAGGAGACAGUAUUUCGCAGGAGACUUAUUUUUUCUGCCUUACAGGCACAGAGCAACAAAUUAUUUGUCUUUAUCUCCCAAGCUGAUGCCUUCUUUCUCCUGCUGUUGCUCUUCUCCCUCUAAGUCCUACUCAUCAGUCAGAGCUACUGAGUCCCUACUGCUGCUUACAUUAAAACUAUCCAGAUCUCCUCUCCUGCAGUCUCACAGCUGACUUCUGUAGGACUUCUGCUCUCCUCGCUGACUUUAAAGCUGGGCUCUGUGGCACUGUCAGUGCCCAGAGUGGUUUCCUUGUGAUACAAACCACAGGCAAUGAGACCAGACAGGGAAGGUGGAAGGCUUUCACUCCUCUUAUGCAGGCCCAGCAUUGACACACACAGCCCACAGUUUCACAUGCACACUCUUCUGCUGGGGGCGGCAGGGAGGCAUGUAGAUUUAUGAUCCACCUGCAGCUGUUCAGAUUAUGGACACAUCUAAUACUAGCAGUAAGUAUAUUGCACUCUGAGAUUCAAAGGCCCUGGGUUCAAUGCGUGCUGCCAAAAGAACAACUGUGGAUCUGCAUUACACACCAUGGAAAAAAUGCCUGUGGGUAGUCUAUUCUAGUUCUCCCCAUGGAGUUACGUGACUCCUAAUGCAAUGUUGGGGGAAGCACAAAAGUCUUCAGGGCUUAAACAUUCUCCAUUUAAAGAACUAACAGAUAAAUCUACCUAUUGAAUAAGGUGUUUACCAAUAUUGGAUUUAAACUAGUUUGGAGAAAAAACCUUAAAUUAAACUUGUUAUAUUACAUGAGCAAUGUCUCCUUAGGAAAUGAAGACAUGGUGAAAUGAAUCCAUACAUGUGAAUAUUCAAUUCCUCAUGCAGUGUGUAGCUAUGAGAACAUGUUUCUUUGGCCUGCUUUCAGACUAACAUAUUGUCAAUUUUCCUUUGGUGUUAGACAGCUUUUUAAUUUUUAAAUUGAUAAUGCAGAAAAUUAAGAUAAAUUAUGUAAAAUUUUACAGUAUUGUGGCUACAAAAUUUCAGAUCAGCUUCUAUAAAACUGCUCAUCUAUUUCAUGUCCCAUUUUUACAAGAAUGGAAGCUGUGACCAGUUGUGUCCACACAUAAGAUCAGAAUAAUAAUUAAAAGAACAACAAUACCUUUGUGCUAAAGGCAACCUCCAUAGAGGAAAAAAAGAGAUUUUUUCCUCCAUCUCAUAGUUCACUAAAAUGUAGAAGAAUGUUCUGGAAAAACUAUUUUAAGAAACUAUAUACUGCUAAAGACAUCAGUCUUUGACAUUCCUUUCCUUAAUGCAGAGUUCACUGGUGUUUCAGAGGUGUUCUAGGAACUCCCAGCACGUAGACUAGUACCAGAGUACCCUUAAUAAAACCCCACUUACUGCUUUGAAUGGAGAAAGCACUCACCACUUUACAGAACUGGAGUGUAAAUAAUCUCAUAUGACUAAAAAUGUCGGGAAAAAAUGUAGGAAGAAGUAUCAGACCCAUGUGAACUGUCAGGUAAGUGUUCCUUCCAAAAGCAAAGUAUUAAAACGGCAUUCAGGUAUUCCAGUCAAACAUAAGUGAUGUGAGCUUAGCAACAAGUCAUAGGGUAAUAUUUUGCUUCACUUAUGAUAUUUCAUCGUUGUAAGUUGGAGCAUUUGGUGGCAACAUAUUGUAAGUGCUUACACUUUGCGGCAAAUGCACAGGACGCACAAUAAAGCUGCAGGUAAACUGCGGGAUAUUUAAGAAAGAACGAUGUUUCAUAUUCUGGAUUCUACUUAAUGAAAACAGUAAAGACCAGUGGCACUUCUUGAUGGACAAUGUACAUGCAUGGUACAUAUAUAUAUAUAUAUACAUGCAUAAUGAGUGUGUAUACACACCUAAAAAGGUUUCUGCAAACUUGUUGAGUUCAAGAAUAGGGAAAAAGUCUGACGCAGGUAGCAUUUAAAAAUCCAAGUAGCAGAUUAAUAAAAUUUUCAGUACAUGUAUGAUUUAUUAUGUAACUAAGAUACAUGCAUUUAUAUGCUGUUUAACGUUAUUUUGUUAACUAUUUUUCAUAUAUAUCAUAUCUGAUGUACAUAUGCUUUAUGUAUUAUAUUUUAGUUACCAUAUUCUACAUUACAUAUUAAAGUCAC